CCCCGGGGACUGUAGCCUGGGUCAGCUCAGUCCUGCGAUCGCUGCCGGCGCGUGCGCUCGUUCUCCCUUGGGCGCUGCAGAGCAACAGGCUGAGCCAUGACGUCCUUGAUCAGGAAGGUGAUCAGCACCAACAAGUCCUCCUCGGCUAUUGGGCCCUACAGUCAAGCAGUGCUGGCCGACAGGACCCUUUACAUUUCGGGACAGGUAGGCCUGGACCCUUCUGGCCAGAUGGUGCCCGGAGGCGUGGUGGCAGAGACCAAACAGGCCCUGACCAACAUAGGGGAGAUCCUGAAAGCCGCGGGCUGUGACUACACGAACGUGGUGAAAACCACGGUCCUGCUGGCAGACAUCAACGACUUCAAUACUGUCAACGACGUCUACAAGCAGUUUUUCAAGAGCAACUUUCCUGCGAGAGCCGCUUACCAGGUGGUCGCAUUGCCCAGAGGAGCCCGGGUGGAGAUCGAAGCCGUCGCCCUCCUGGGCCCCCUCACCACAGCAUGACUAAGCGGCCCCAGCGUCCUCUAGUCCGGAGGCCUCACGCCGCUUCCAAAUCCACACCUUAAUUUGCACGGCUAAUCUCCGACCCAGGCCAGAGGGGCCAUCUGCCGUUCUGGCGGAAAAUGCCACGUGAUUGAAUCGGUGUGAAUGAAGGUUAGGUGAGGAAUCCCGUCACGGAGGCCACAAAUCACACCCGUGACACUCGCCACAUCGCCACUCGGAUCAAGAACAGCAAAGGCACGCGCCGGCAAGACGCAUUCCUGCUCCCGAAGUGACAGAGAUGACAAUUAGUCCGGUUAAUUUCUACCCUUCUCACUCUGUGGACUUCGUGCUUCUCGUGUCUAAUUUUGCUCUGAUUGAAACAAAUUCCAGGUAUUGAGUUUUGACUGCGGCAAAGGAGAACUAACUGGGCCUACACUUUACGUGGGUCGUAUUUUUCUAAUGGAAAUAAAAUUAAGUAUUCAGAUUAAUUCCUUUUCAGCCAAUAAUGUGACCUUUGUUCCAAGUCAAGUAUGAUCUUGCUUGGAUUUAAGUGAAAUUCAGGUAUUCAAGUUUGAUUGCAGUAAAGGAGAAAUAAUGGGACCAACAUUUUACGUAGGUGAUACUUUUCUAAUGCAAAUAAAAUAGAUAUUCAGAUUUUCCUGGG